AUGUCUCCUACGGAGCUGCUGGAGUUACAUUUGCUGGAUUGGCUUGGUGUUCUUAGCAUGGCUGUGCAAGCUGUUGCGAGGAUGACAGGAAAAGCCGAAAUAGCUGCACACAAUUUUUUCCUACUUGAUAAAGAUUUAGGGGUCUUGUUACUAAGGAGAGGAAAAAUCUUGAUCCAGGAGGAGCACCAUUUGCUAAAGAUCCAGGACAGAAAGUGGGACUUAGGGAGGGGGGCUUCUCUAUUUGAAGUGAGGAUGCAUGGGCUUGGAAUUACACGACUAGUCGUUGUUGGGGUCCGUCCGUUGGGCUGCAUGCCCCUUGUCAAGACUCUAAUGGAAAUAUGUUGUUGGGAUGCUGUGAACAACCCCAAAAAAUAUGGUUUGGCUGAAACUUCCGAAGGAUGUUGUGGAACGGGGACAGUAGAGUAUGGAGAUACAUGCAAAGGCAUGAGCACAUGCGCUGAUGCAUCAAAAUAUGUAUUCUGGGAUGCUGUUCAUCCAACAGAAAAAAUGAAUCCCUCGAUGAACAGAAACUUGAGGAAGAUAAUUUUAAGUCCAACAUUUAUAAUGAAAUUAUCAAAUUAA